AUGGCCGACUUCUUGGUAAAAGUGACAGGGGACCCGAUCGAGGAAACGGGCACACGGUGGAGACUCCACGUAGACGGGGCCUCCAACCAAAAGUCCGGAGGAGCAGGGGUCAUAUUGGAAAGUCCUGCCGGGGUCGUGUACGAGCAAUCGAUCAAGUUUGAAUUCCCGGUAUCAAACAACCAAGUGGAAUACGAAGCCUUCUUGGGAGGUCUGACCCUAGCUCGUGAAGUCGGGGCGACGAGGCUGGAGGUGUGUAGCGACUCGCAGGUCGUCACCUUGCAAGUGAAUGGGAGUUACCAAGCCAGAGACUCGCUGAUGCAAAAGUACCUGGAAAAGGUUAGAGAAUUGAGCAACCAGUUCGAGGAGGUUACGAUCCAACAUGUCCCGAGGGAAAGAAACACACGAGCGGACCUCCUAUCCAAGCUAGUGAGCACAAAACUAGGAGUAGGCAACCGAUCUCUCAUCCAAGGCAUGCUAAAUGAACCAGCAGUCACCCUCCACCUGACAAAGGUAAGCCCCUCUUGGUUGGACCCAAGCGUCGAUUUCCUCGAAAGCGGCAAACUCCCUGACGACGAGAAAGCAGCUAAAGCGUUGAGAAGGGAGGCAGCCAAAUACACGACUAUACAGGGACAACUAUUUAAAAAGGGACUCAGCCAGUCCCUAUUGAGGUGCCUACACCCCGAGCAGACGGAUUACGUGCUCAGGGAAGUCCAUGAAGGGUGCUGCGGCCACCACAUCGGGGGCAAAGCCCUGGCAAGAAAGCUCAUCCGAGCUGGAUACUACUGGCCAUCGAUGAUGGAAGAUUCCAAAGAAUUUGUGAAGAAAUGCGUUAAGUGUCAAGAGAACGCCAAUUUUCACAGAGCACCGGCUUCCGAACUAAGCCUGCUGACGACCUCCCGACCCUUUGCACAAUGGGGAGUUGACCUUUUGGGACCUUUUCCGGUGAUAACCCGAUUCGGCAUCCCAGAAAUCGUCAUCUCAGACAACGGGAUGCAAUUCACCGACAAGAAGUUCAUAGAAUUCCUCAAUGGCCUGGGUAUAAAGCAGAAGUUCUCUUCAGUAGAGCACCCCCAGACGAACGGACAAGUCGAGUCCGCAAACAAGGUCAUCUUACAGGGCCUCAAGAAGCGGCUGGGUGACAAAAAGGCGCAUGGGCCGAUGAACUCGCUUUAG